CGUCGAGCUCAUUCGUGCCGUAUCCCUCCGCCCCCCUUCCCGACACCGUCGCCGCGAGCGGUUCGUGCCGCAUCCUGCGCAGCCCCUGCCCCGUUUGGUGCAGCGGUGCGGGGGCCGGGACGCCUCUUUGCGAUUCCGAGCGCACCGAAGGCGGUGGGAAUCCGAGCGAGGAGCCCGGAGAGGAGGGGGAGGCCGACGACCCAGGCUCUGAGCCUGCAAAGGCAAGUGCGAGUGUGGUGGGGGGCCGGGGUGGCCCCGCCGCCCCGCCCUCUCGCUCGGCUUACAGCCCGCGCCCCAGACCCUGGCAGCCUGGCGAGGAGGCGGCGAUUGUGUCGGAGCCGGCCCCUGAGAGAGGUGCGCAGCGCAGGGAUAUCCCUGGCAAGGAGGCGGAGGCGACCGGCACGGGCCGGGCCUGGGGGGCAGAUUCGGGCCGGAGAGGCGCCCUCGGAUCCUGUGGAGGCGAACGGCGCCGGCCACUACCCGGCCAGCUUUCCCGCGACCCGCGCUCGACGGUGUCUGUGCCGGGAGAAGACUGGGGUGGGAGGCCGCUGCGGGAGAAAUGGCGGAGCGGGAGCUGCGGUCUGGCGGUUUCAGGCGGCAGGGUGCAUCUGUAGAGGAGAGACUUCAGAAAAAGGAAGAGCAGGAAAAUGGCCUGGAUUUCUGGAGGACAACCUGAAGGCUACAACGGUAGAGUCUGACACCACUGGAGUCAAGGAAAGGAGGAGGAAGUUAACACCAUAUCAGUGCUGGUUGAUCCACCUCCAGUGGCAGCUCUGGUGGUGUUGGAAUUGCUGCUGACCACCACCCUCAACAGGUCUGCACCCACCAGAGAACCACCUACCUUCCAGCAGGUUGUGCCUCUUCUGCACUCUCUAAUACUGCCUGAGGCUGGGCUUGGGAACGAGGCUGAUUAACUGCUGAACUGGUGAUUGCCUCUAAUUCUUGUUGAGUAUCAUCUGAGUUACUGGAAGAUCAGAGUGCAAAGAUAGAAAACCGAGACAGAUCUGUGUAGAGGCUAAGACUGGUAGGAGUAUUUAACUGGGCCUUCUCUGUAACUUGUACCAUGACUGGGGCUGAGCUUGAGCCUGGCGCCCAGGCCAAGACUAAAAAGAAGGCUGGAAUAGAGGCUGGGGGUGGGGCUGAGAGAGAGAAUGAAGUCCCAUUGGUGGUCAGACCAAAGGUUAGGACUCAAGCUCAGGGUAUGCCUGUGGCAAGACCCAAAACUGAGGCCACAGAAAUGGGUGGAGCACAUCCUGAGGCUGAUGCCAAGGCAAUCCCUGGGGCACUGCCCAUGGAUGAAGCCCAUUUAUGGGCCCAGACUGAGUUUGAUACAGCUGGGGCUGUAUUAAAAACAGAAGGAGUGCCCCAGACCAGUGCUAUCACCUGGCCACUGGUUGGUACUGAGUCUGAGUCAGUUGCUAAAACUAAAACCUUGUCUGUAGAUAAGGAAGUGGUCAACAUGGAUACUGAGUACUUUCCUGGCACCAAGCUCAAAGCCCAGUUUGGAAUCCAGCCUUUGUUUGGGCCAGAGGAGACCAAUGUGGGGUCCUGGUGCUUUCCCAGGCCUACAUCCAAACAAAAGGACUCUCAGGAUUGUGAUUUACAAUGGAUGGAUGGAUCCUCUGUCAGUCCCUGGUUGUGGAGUAGAGAAGAGGUCAGUACAAAGUUUCAUCCUAGUGACACAGUAAAGGCCAGUACAAGGUCCAGGCUCAUGGCCAAAGAAGAGGCCAUGUCUAGGCCCAAAGCUAAUCGGGAGCUCUGUAUUGUGUCGAGUUCUGGUUCUGAGGAUGAAUCUAUUAAGACAUCCUGGUUCUGGGCAAGAGAAAAGACCAAUAUCUGGUCCCGACCCAGGGAAGAGACCAAUAGCAGGUCCAGGCUGAGGUACAAAAAGGAAGUCGCUGAGUCUAGUUCUGAAUCUGAAUGUGAGGACAAUGUAAAGUACUGGUUCUGGGCUGGAGGGGAGGCCAAAUCCAGAUCCAAACUCAGAGUUAGGAAAGUGUCCAAUGUCAGGGCCAGGCACAGGGCUAAACGAGAAGCUUCCAUUGAUCUCAUGCCUGGGUCUAUUGGCAUAGGUAAAACAGAGUCCUGGUUCUGGCCUGGAGAAAAGUCUAAUAAAUUAUCAAGGCCCAAGUCCAACAAAGAGUUUUGCGCCAGAGCAAUGGAAAAGGAAGAGGCCAAAACCAAGGCCAGAGCCAGGGCUAGGCGAGAAGCUAAGUCGGAGGAAGAAUUCUUCAUUGGGACCUGGUUCUGGGCUGCCGAAGAGUCUAGCAUAGGAGAUGGGGCCAGUGUUAAGCCCAGUUCUCAGGUAGAGGAUGAGUCCAUUGUUGGCAAUUGGUUCUGGACAGAAGAGACCAGUAUGGGGACUGAGGCCAGCAGUAAACUCAGACCAAGAACUGAGGAGGAGCCAAUUGGCAAUUCCAUGCUUGGGACUAGAGAAAAGACCAGUGUGGAAACUGAGACUGAAGCCACUUGCAAAUCUAUGCUAACAGAAAAUAAAGAAAAGGUCAUUGCCAGUUCCUGCUUCUGGGCUAGUGAAAACACCUCAGAGGCUGAGGAAGAGACCAUUUUUGGGUCUUGGUUUUGGGUCAGUGAUGAAGCCCGUGUGGAAGCUGGUGUUGGAACCAGCUGUGCAUCAGUGCCAAGGUCUGAAAAAGAAGAAGUUGUUGGUCCCUGGUUCUGGGCUGGAGAAGUCAAUACAGAGGCUGAGUUUGGGGAAGAGGCCAGCCCAGGAGCUGAAGAAGAGACAAUGUUUGGGUCCUGGUUUUGGGCUGGAAACCAGGCCCAGGUGGAUUCUGAGGCUGAAGAUAGCUGUGACACCAUUCCAAGGGCUGAAGAGGAGGAGCCCAUUAUUGGGUCAUGGUUCUGGGCUGGAGUAGAAACUUGUGUGGGCACUGAAAUCAGUAACAAGUCUAGCCUGGAGGACAAGGAAGUGGUUAUUAUGCCAUCUUGGUAUGGGACCACAGAAGAGGUCAGUACAAAGUAUGAAGCUGGUGCCAGAUGCAAAUUUAUGGCAGGUGAAGAGAUCAGUAAUGAAUCUUGCUUCUGGGCAGAAGAUAAUCCCCAUAUGUACACUGCUAAUGGAGGUAGCUGGAAGUCUAGGUCAGAGGAGGAACAUGAUACUGUUGAUUCAUGGUUCUGGUCUAGAAAAUACACAAGGCCAGACACCAUUAUAGGGCCCUGGUUAUGGGCUGCAGAAGAGGGCAGUAUAGAUGAUGGGACUGGAAACGAGGCCAAGCCACUGACCAAGGAGGCCACAAUCACAUCCUGGUUCUGGAAGGGGGAGGAAGCUGUUACAGAAACUACAAACAGAGAAGAAUCCUGGCCAGACACUGAAGAGGAUAUUAUUGGUUCUUGGUUCUGGGCUGGGGAAGAGGACAAGCUUGAGACAGCAGCUGAGGCUAGAGAAGGCAGGCUGGCAGCUGAGGAGGAAGCUAUUUUUGGUUCUUGGUUCUGGGCCAGAGAAGAGACUAUUAGGAAGGAAGCUGGCUUUUGCAGCAAAUCCAGUCCAGAAGCUGAAGAGGAGGAAGUCAUAGUUGGGCCUUGGUUUUGGGCUAAAGAGGAAGCUGGACUGGAGGCAGGGACUGGUGUUGAGGCUGAGCCUGGGACUGAAGAAGACGAAGUUAUUGUUGGGUCCUGGUUCUGGGCUGAAGAAGACAAUAUAGAGGCUGGGCCUCAGGCAAUAGAAGAGACCAGGUUAGAGACUGAAGAAACCAUUUUUGGAUCCUGGUUCUGGGCUGCAGAAGAAAGAAAUGUAGAAGCAGAGACUUGUGAAUCCAAGCCAGAGGAUGAAGAAGAGAAAAUUGUUGAAUCCUGGUUCUGGUCUGAAGACAAGGCCUUUAACGGGACUGCAACUGUGGCCACCUGUGAAUCCAGCCUAGAAAAUGAGGAAGAGGCAGUUGUUGGGUCCUCGUUUGGAGCUAAAGAUGGGGCCAAUGACAGGACUGGCAAUGGAACCAACUGUGAGUCCAGGACAUUAGCUGAGGAGGAUGAGGCCAUAGUGGGGUCCUGGUUCUGGGAAGGAGAUGAGGCCCAUUUUGAAUCAAAUCCUAGCCCCGUGUUCAGGGUCAUUUCCAGGUCCAGGUGUUCAGUUGAGCAGGAGCCUGAUGCUUCACGCAGGCCUCAGAGCUGGGAUGAGGUCACUGUUAAGUUCAAGCCUGGUCCAUGGGGUAGGCUUGGCUUCCCAUGCCCAGUCACCUUUAGAUUUCCACAAGAAACAGCAUCUCUAUUCUCUGAAAUGUUUGGAGGAAAGUGCAAGGACAUAGAACUGAGCCUAGAAGAGGAAGAGCAGGAAUGUUUGCUUCAUCCUUACCAGCUUGACCCUGACUUCCCAUUUCGAUAUGAUCCAUCCUACCGGUCAGUCAAGGAAAUUAGAGAACAUCUUAGGGUCAAGGAGAGUGCAGAGCCUGAGAAUUGGUCCUGCAGCUGCAUACAGUGUGAGCUUAAAAUUGGGCCUGAAGAGUUUGAAGAGCUCCUUUUAUUAAUGGACAGAGUUCGAGAUCCUUUUAUUCAUGAGAUUUCUAAAAUUGCAAUGGGUAUGAGAGGUGCUUCUCAGUUUACCCGAGAUAUCAUUAGGGAUUCAGGUAUUGUCUCACUUAUUGAAGCCUUGCUCAAUUAUCCUUCUUCCCGACCUAGGACAAGUUUUUUGGAAAAUAUGAUUCGCACAGCUCCACCUUAUCCAAAUCUAAACAUGAUUCAGACAUACGUAUGUCAGGUGUGUGAGGAAUCUAUUGGUUAUAGGUUGGAUUCCCCUGAGCAGCGAUCUGGAUUAAGGAUGGUUAGGCACCUCACUUCAACUACUGACUAUCACACACUGGUUGCCAAAUAUAUGCCUGGGUUUCUCUGUUUAUUAGCCAUGGGCAAUACCAAAACAAGGUUUCAUGUUCUGAAAGUACUACUGAAUUUGUCUGAAAGUCCUGUUGUGACAAAAGAAUUACUCAGUGCUGAUGCAGUUUCAGAAUUUAUGGCCCUUUUUGACAGGAAAGAGGCAAAUGACAAUGUUCAGAUUGCUCUAGCAGUGUUGGAAAAUAUUGGUAACAAUAUCAAAACAGAGGCAGUAUUCACUGAUGAUGAUUUCAAUUUUGAGCCACUUAUUUCUGCAUUCUAUGAAGUUGAGGAAUUUGUUAAGGAACGGCAAGGCAAAACAAAUUAUCAAAAUGACCCUGAGGCAGACCAAGAAAAUCAGUAUGAUUAGUCACUUGCCUCUGAUUGUCCUUGUGUUCCUGAGUUAACGAUCCUUGAAUAAUGCUUUGGUUUUCACACUUUGUUCUAUAUUGUAAUGUAUAUCUUUAAUGCUGAUACUAUCUUUGCCCAAUUCUGUGUGUUCUGGGUCAUUUUAAUGCCAAAUGAAUAUUAUAACUGAAAACACAUUUGUUCAUAAUAUCUUUUUGUCCAGAUUGUGAUAUUUAGUAUGUACACUUAUAGGAAACUGAGCCGCCUUAAGUAAGCUACCCUUCUGAUUGUUGUUCUAGUGUAUUGAUGUCUCUUUGAGUCUUGUUUGUGUUUUCAAUAAAGUUCUACAUUAAAGUUGAUAGAAA